AUGAGUGUGAUGAUGAGCAGCUGGAAGAUGAAGCUGAUGCUAGCUUGCGGGAACAAGACGAGGAAUGCCGCUAUGACAGCGACGAGAAACCAAGAUGCCAAGGAGGGGCGCUGUCAUAACUCGCAACCUCAGCGACAACCGAAGCAGUUUGGAGGCAAACACAUCCGUGUGGACAUUGCUGGAGCCCGGAGUCAAUUGUCCAAGGGAGCCGUCUCUUACGAUAAGGAUCGUUCCAUCUUUGUUGGAAACCUGCCUUUAGAUGUCGAGGAUGAAGAGCUCUAUGCUCUGUUUUCUGUUCCUGAUGUGGCGCUGGAGGCUGUGCGUGUCGUCAGAGAUCAGAAGACCAACAUUGGCAAAGGUUUCGCAUUUGUGCUGUUCAAGUCCAAGGUUCGUGCUGUGCCUUCAAAACUUGUACCUCACUCAGCAUUCCAGGACGAUGUCAAGCAUACAUUUGAAAGAGGUGCUCUUGAGCUGCGCAACAGGAAGCUGAGGCUUCGUCGAGUAUCUAAUCGCAGCCAACAAGAGACAACGAAACCAAGGCGCCGCUACAACAAGCCUGCAACAGAAAGCAAGGUGAAGACUCGGAGUUACGAAGGUAGCCGUUCUGGACAAAAGAGACGCGCCUUUCCCCAGCGACUCACUGUGGCAGGCAAAGACGCCAAAGAGGGUGAGGCAAGAAAGAAGAAAAGGCCUGCAGUUCUCGCAAGGAAGGCCAAACAGAAGGGCCUUGAAGUUCCCACAUCCAGUAAAAAGAAUAAGCCUGGGAAGAAAACUUGA